AUGACUGCUACGCUAUGCAAAAACGUUACUGUCAGCGGCAGCACCACCAUUACCAAUUCCUCCACCACCGUUAGCAGCGGCAACAACAAUGGUGCUGCCACUGGUACCAAUUUAGCGGCACCAUCUGUUGCAAUGAAAGCGCCGCCAUCCAGCUCCGAACAGCAGGCACCAUCGUUGAAUGCCUGCAAGUGGACAACUAUUGUGAUACCAGCCGGUGCAACAACGGCUACCACGCUUCCACGGCCGAAACGGGACUUCCGUUUCCAGGUACCACAUACUUCUCCAUUUUAUGAGCGCGCAGACUUGCUUUUUGGAAUUCUUUUUUCUUUUGUAACUUUUUUAUGA